GUGGGUCAAGCCGCCGAUCCACCCGCAAUUUCAGUCCCUCCGUCAACCAUCAUUUGACGCCGAUAGCGCUCCAAAGUCACCGCGCAUUGGAGGAAAAGUUCGCGGUUCUCUUUCUCUUUUCUUUUCUUUUCUUUUUUUUUUCGCUCAGCUUUGGAGAUCUUUCACCUGACUUGUAUUUAUAUAUUAUUAUUCCCUUCAAAUAUAAGUAAUUAAAUCAAUAUUGCCUACGUAUCGGAGGAGAUCCAUUAGUCCUUGAGCUGAAUCUUCCUUAUGAUCAACCCCAGUUUUCUUUGCCUAAAACUGUCUACUUAAUACCUAUCUCUUUUGAUUCCUCCGUUUCUCCAGUCCUUUAAGUCCCGGAAGGGAAACAGAAAAGAAGUUAUAUUUCAGCCCACAUCGAUCUAAUAUGAUGCCUCCAUCGGCGUCCAGUCAGGAUGAGAACCAGCAUCCUGUCGAGGAUGUCAGAUCCGACCCUCGCGGCGUGUUUUCCGCGGUAUUUGGUUGGGGCAGAAAGCGCCACACCACCCAUGAAGAUGAUGAUGAACGGAGACCCUUACUGGGAUCGAGUUCGCCCAUGCCAUCGUCACCAUCGGCAUCAUCAUGGUGGGAAACGACGUGGGAUUCGGCGCAGGAACUCUGGCUUCAGGGUAGGGGAAUGAUCCUGGUCCUGUUGGCCCAGUUCUUCGGGGCUUCCAUGAAUGUCAUGACUCAAAUAUUGGAGAGAAAGGGGAGGAAUGGGGAAGGGUUUCAUCCGUUUCAGAUCCUGUUCGCCCGCAUGUCCAUCACGGUUCUGGUCAGUUAUCUGUACAUGUGGUACACCAAAGUCCCUCACCCGUUUGGGACCCGCCCUGUACUUCACCUUCUACUGCUUCGUGCAGCCGGCGGCUUUGUUGGCGUUUAUGGGCUUUACUACUCCGUUCAAUACCUACCACUGUCGGAAGCCACAGUGUUAACUUUCCUAGCACCUAUCCUUACCUGCUACGCCUGCUCUCUGUUCAUUCCCAAUGAGACCUUCACACGCAAGCAACAGCUCGCUGGCGUGGUGUCGCUAGUUGGUGUGGUUCUGAUCGCACGGCCUUUCUCACUCUUUUCGAAAACAAAUCCGCCCGACCCCCGAGAGCUCGGCAGCGAGGAGCAGCCUGAUUCCGAGGAUGAGUACCACCGUAUUCUAGCGACCGCCAUGGCACUCAUGGGAGUGAUGGGGGCAUCUUGCGCGUACUCGACCAUCCGAAUGAUCGGUCAGCGCUGUCAUCCGCUGGUGUCUGUCACAUAUUUUUCCUUCUUCACGACUGUUGUGUCGACCGUGGCCAUCCUGGUGUUGCCUUCCAUCGCGCUGGAGCUGCCGGGCACCCCGUUGGAAUGGACUUUACUCUUGGGUCUGGGUGUAUGUGGGUUCCUGCUGCAGUUCCUCUUGACGGCUGGUCUGUCGUAUGUGCCUCCACCGAGGAAAUCGUCCACGUCGGGACAGCAUCGUCAAUAUGGAAGCGAUGGGAAUGGGGAGCCGAAGGAGGCGUCGCGCAGCUCGUCCGGAUCGCGGGCGACGUCUAUGAUCUAUAUGCAGAUGGUCUUUGCGUUGUUUUAUGACCGCGUUGUCUGGGGAAGUACUCUGUCUCUCAUGAGUUGGAUGGGAUCUGGUUUGAUCUUAGGAAGCGCCAUCUACGUGGCCGUCGUCCGGGAGGCGCCCGCAGCUGCCGCUAGGGAAGAUGAGGAUGAGACGAACUGAGUACUACGAGGAAAACGGAAACGGAAAUAAUGAAAAAUUGGCCGCGUACGACGUCACGACUUGCAUGAGCGGAGAGGAAUGAAGGCCUGGAGAAAGGGCGGGUGGGGGAGGUGGGAGGAAGGAUAACUAAUGCAUGCCGGAGCCGGCGAGGUAAGAGCUACGACGAUCUGAGGGAUUUGACAGCCAGCGAUCAUUCCCUUUAGAUGGGGAGGAGGAGGGAGGGUGAUGAUGGUGAUGAUGUGGUGCUGCUGGCGGCAACAGCGCAAAGUCUGUUAUUGAUUUGAUUGUCGGCUAUAUACCAUAGCGAAGUGUUGUAUAGACUUGAGUACUCGUACAUGGAUAAUGGAUGAUGAUUCUAAUUCGUCGUCGCUUCUGAAGCUCCUCACCUAGGACGCUCAGGACAGGUUGCAGGCCGUGCGUCGCAUGCAGAAAGUGGCGCUCGACCUGUGGAUCCACGAUGUUGGUAUGAUUGGUGGUGGACGACAGUGCUCCGUCUGUGUUUUGUUGAAUGGCGAGGAUACUGCGCCGUAUGGACUUAUGUCUACUCGUAACCACGGGUCAAACAUGCACAGAUGCCGACAGUUCUGAAUCUCGCCAUGUUAGCCACAGCGUCAUAGGGUUACAGUUGACACCGAAAAGUCCCGACGGCUCUUCCCGAGACUCACCGAACCGACUGAUUGGUGCCUGCGGUGCCUGAGU